CGCUUUAAAAGGCACCAUUCACUCAUCAGUCCAUGCAAACCAAGCUGCAAAAAAAGUCCAUUGCUUAUGUGAUGUCACGAAAAACAUAUAGUCAUCUAUUCAGCAUACAGCAGUUUAGCCACGCCCAUUCACGUUGACGUUGUAGACGUAAAGCAGGGCAGCCAAUCAGGACAGGCGUCACUUGUCGUAUAUCAGACUUAAAGGCAUAGUAACAAACACAAGCCAGGGCCAGGUUUCUUAAUCGUUUCGUAGUAUUAAGAUCAUCUUAACUGCUACAGAGAGUGUUUAAUGUGAUUCUGCUCUACCAUUUAACACUGAUCUUUGUGCUAAGAGGCUUCCGGGAAGCCCAGCCCUGUUUAAUUCUAGGUGAUAAAGAUAGGUUAGAAAAAGGCCACAUAAACAUGAAUUAUGUUUUUGGUACAUAAACCCACACACACGUCAUAAGCGGACCUCAGGGGAAGAAGAUAAAAUACAAGAAAAGAGUAUAUAUGGGCCCUUUAAUUCUGAAGUUACAACCCAGUUUCCCAGCCCUGCCAAUCAACAUGUCUGUACACACAGUAAAAAUAAUAUGUUUUAUCAUGUACUGUGUACAGGUUUUAAAAACUAAUUCAACUUCGGAGGUCUGUAUACACAGAGGCCAUGCUGCUUCAUGGCGUUUACUCUAGCUUCAGGAGAGGGGUCUAAUUAUGGGAGGCUAAGGAUAGCUGGGAAUCUGUUAUCAGUCCAAUCUGAGUCUGUCCGGCCUACUUCCAAAAAUGACAUUAAAAAAAAAAACAGAAGGAAAGAAAAAAAAGGGGGGGGGAAGAGGAGGAAAGAAUAUGAAAAACCAUUUGACCUAUGAGUUAAUUGCAGCGGCAAAUAGAUUCAUUUCAUUUUCGUUUCUUUGGGAGGAUGCCAAGUGCUUGUGUGGGUCAAAUGUACUUCAGGUUUAGUGCACGGUUUUGUUUUGGUUUUUUUGUGCCUCUUUCUCUGGAAGUCUCCAUGUAGGAAACAUGCCACUUAUGCCAUUCAGCCUAUCUGAAACCUUUAGCAUUCUGGCCAAGGCGAUUAAAUUCCCGUGUAGCCUGGGCUAACAGAGACAAAACACAAACAGCACGCCCACUGCAUGAUGUCAUUUCGAUAGCCGAACGUUAAAAGCUGCCGCUAGCAACACAAAAGCGUCAAACCUGUCGAGUGGUUGGUCAUACAUGGUAAUCCUCAACGGCCUUCUCUGCUGCCUAAAAUUACCACAGAGAACAGCUGAGCCCUUGAUGACUGCUCGCUCUCCCCCUCUCUCGCGCGCUCUCUCUCUCCCUUUCUCUCUCUCUCACGCGCACUCUGUCGCUUGCGUUAUAGUAACAGCCUCAUUUCACAAUGACACGUUUUAGUUACGCGGAGUAUUUUUCGUUGUUUCAUGCAAGCGGAAUGAAGAGCAGCUCGGCGCUGGCUGUGCUCAGCCAGUGUUUUGACAGUGGAGGGCGACGAGGGAACCUCGGCGACGUCACCUCAAUCCCCCCAGAGGAUGUAGAGCCCAUGAUGCUGGCUAUUAGAAAAGGUGAUGUGCAGACCGUGUCUGAACUAGCCGCAUCUACAUCAUGCAUCCAAACACAGAUGGAGGACUGGACAGCUCUGCAUGAAGCAGCAUACUGGGGACAAGCCGGCUGUGUUAAAGCUCUACUUAAAGCGAAACCCACUUCAGUAGAUAAGCGCACGCUCCAGGAGCAGACCGCUCUUCUAAUUGCGACUGAUGGAAAACACCUGGACUGUGUGAAGUGUCUUCUGGAGGCAGGAGCAGACCCAGAUAUCAGCAAUAAAAACAAAGAGACACCACUAUAUAAAGCUUGUGAACAGGAGAGCAUUGACAUAGUGAGAGUGAUCCUAGCGUUUGGAGGUGCAGUGAACCAGCGUUGUCAUCGGGGGUGGACAGCUCUCCAUGAAGCAGUGAGGCGUGGAAACACAGAGCUGUGUGAGACCCUCCUUCAAGCUGGAGCUGCCAUCGAUCCCCCCAGCACCUAUGGUAUCACUCCACUCAUAGAGGCUGCUCGGCAUGGGAGGACAAAGGUUGUGGACUACCUUACCCAAAAAGGUGCGAAUGUAAACCUACAGUCAUGUGAGGGAACAACAGCUCUGAGUGAAGCCAGUAAACAAGGCCAUCUAGCUACAGUAGAGCUUCUGCUCAGACACCAUGCAGAUGCUAACAAAGCCUCCAACACUGGGCUUCUGCCUCUGCACAUUGCUGCCCAGCAUGGACAUAAAGAGAUUGUCUCCUUGUUGCUGCCUGUCACAAGUCGAGCUAAGAUACGGCAAAGUGGGAUCACACCUCUCCAUCUGGCAGCUGAGUUCAACCAUGAAAAUGUUGUGUCUUUCUUGAUCAGUUCUGGCUCUGACGUAAACACAAGACUGUCCGACCAACGAUCAUCCUUAUUCCAUGACCAUCGUACUACAGCUCUUUACUGUGCAGUGGCAGCCGGUAAUGCAUGUAUCGUGGACACUUUGCUCAAGGCUGGUGCAAACCCCAACCUGGACCCUCUCAGCCCACUGAUGGUUGCAGUGCGCCAGGGUUGUUUCAGGACUAUUUCCACACUGGUGGAACAUGGGGCAGAUGUUAAUGCUCGCAUACCAGCCCAUCCAACAGAUUUUCCAGGAGUGCUGUUGUGUACGCAUCAUUUGGGAAUUUUACAUUAUCUAUUGGACAAUGGUUGUCAGGCACAGGAUUGUUUCAGGUGUUACCAUAAAGAAACCAGGCAGCCUUACAUCAUCAAUCAGAGCAGAAGGGAAGACACAGGGCAAAGGCUUCACACAGUGAUGGCAAACACAAUUCCAUCACGAACAACCUGCUCAGAAUCAACCACCAGAAAUCUACAGUUUUGUGAAUGGAUCUCCUCUGCCUCUGUGUGUCAUAUGGCAGCACCCCUGAUCAGCCUGCUUCUGGACUAUGUAGGGAAUGUCCACCUGUGCUGCAGAGUGACUGAACAGUUAAACAGCAAAGAAGAGUGGAUUGGAAUUAAGGAAAAAGCAUUGUCUCCUCGUCCACUGAUGCACCUUUGCAGGCUGAAGAUUCGUGAGCAGGUUGGUGCCCACAGACUGUCGUCCCUAAAUACUCUUCCACUACCAGGCAGACUACUCCACUAUCUGCACUGUUCACAGACCAGCACUAGAGAAUACCCAGACCUCACGCUUGGGUCAGCUCAAACGCAACGUGCAGGACCACAAAGAUACUUAUGAUGCCUUUCUCAGGUGUGGCAGUUUCUACACCAGUAAGACUUUGGUAAAAAUGAGGCAAUGGGAAGAGUUAGAAAUGCUGGAACAGGUGUGCAUUAGGGAACAUCUAUAAAUGCUGCUUGUGAUACUGCAGGUUAUAUUCCAAUGGUGCUUUCUGGUAAAUGUGUACACAUUUGCAUUAUUAUUUGAAGGUGGGGAUUCUUGGCAUUCCUUUGUAAGGUAGAAAGUGAUUCGGCGGUCAAACAAUCAGUAAGUCCAAACUCUAGGUGCUUCUAAUUUAUAUGGAACAGUAGUAAUAAGUAAACAGUUGCAAUUACCCAGUGUCCUUAGUAGUCUAUAAUUUGCAAGUAAAGAUGUAUACAGAAGUAUAAAUAGCAAGUAAAAUUGCCAAACGCUGUCUAUAAGAAAUGCACUAAUUACACUGGGGAACACAGCUACUGAGUGGACUUCAAAUGUGUUUUGACUGAGAAUUGAAGAAGAAAAUGUAUUACUUGAAGGUCUCUUCGUUGUAGAUGAUAUAGUAUUGUUUUAUUGAGUGUGUUUGUGUUCAAUGUGACAUAAAAUGUGGCCAAAAUGAGUGUUAGAAUUGAUCAGUUAUACAAAACAUGAGUAAUGUGGGCAGGAAAAUGUGCAGAAAAGUGUUUGUUAAAUGUGUUGUUGUUUGUUUGCUUGCCUUUUUUGUCUACAGAAAGGAUGAAUAUUACUGCAUUGAUUGAAUCUGGCUUUAUGCUUUAAAUUUAACACAAAAUGCAUGAGAGUGAUAAACAAAGGCUUACUGUAGUGGUUUAAAUAUGCACAGUAUCAUGUAUCAGUACAAUGGAUGCCACA